CCUCUUCCUGACUUCCUCAGCGGUACUCUCCUCCCAUUGGUCCAGCGUGUCGAGGAGCAGAAAACAACAAACAAGUUAGGGUGACGACCGUCGGGAUGGAUGCAGCAACCUUGACAUAUGACACACUUCGCUUUGGAGAGUUUGAAGAUUUUCCUGAGACCUCAGAGCCUGUGUGGAUCUUGGGCAAAGAAUACAAUGCACUCACAGAGAAAGAUGAGAUUUUAUCAGAUGUCACUUCACGACUGUGGUUCACAUACAGAAAAAACUUCCCGCCGAUUGGUGGGACAGGACCGACGUCAGAUACAGGAUGGGGGUGUAUGUUACGAUGCGGCCAGAUGAUCCUCGGCGAGGCCUUGUUAUGCAGACAUUUAGGCAGAAACUGGAGAUGGACCAGAGAUGAGAAACAAAGAGAAGAGUACAUCAGUAUUCUCAAUGCCUUCAUUGACAAAAAGGACAGCUAUUAUUCCAUCCAUCAAAUUGCCCAAAUGGGGGUUGGAGAGGGGAAGCCAAUAGGCCAGUGGUAUGGACCAAACACAGUCGCCCAGGUUCUAAAGAAACUGGCAGUGUUUGAUACAUGGAGCAGAUUAGUUGUACACGUGGCGAUGGACAACACUGUGGUCAUCGAGGAGAUCAAGCGGCUCUGUAUGCCCUGGUUGGAUGCGGCGGCCUGUGGAGAGGCCGAGGCAGUGGGGGAUCUGAAUGGCUGCCUCGAGGGUGCGUGUGCGCUGGCUGAGGAGGAAACGGCUCUGUGGAGACCCCUGGUCCUGCUCAUCCCCCUCAGGCUGGGCCUGAGUGAUAUAAACGAGGCCUAUAUUGAAACCCUUAAGCAAUGCUUCAUGCUGCCUCAGUCCCUGGGUGUUAUUGGGGGGAAACCCAAUAGUGCCCAUUACUUCAUUGGUUAUGUCGGAGAAGAACUCAUCUACUUAGACCCACACACCACACAGCCUGCAGUGGAGCCGUGUGAAGACAGCCAGGUCCCCGAUGAGACGUACCAUUGUCAGCACCCACCCUGCCGCAUGCACAUCUGUGAACUGGACCCAUCCAUUGCAGCGGGUUUCUUCUGCAGAACAGAGGACGAGUUUGAUGACUGGUGUAUGCGCAUAAGAAGGCUGUCCUGCAGAAGAGGGGGCCUGCCCAUGUUUGAACUCGUAGACAGUCAGCCCUGUCACAUGGUCAGUGUGGAUGCUCUUAACCUCACUCCUGACGCUCCCUUCACAGAUUUCUCAGACUCGGACAGGUUGGAGCGGUUCUUUGACUCAGAAGACGAAGAGUUUGAGAUCCUUUCCCUGUGAGGAACACUCGAACAAUGAUGAACUGUUCUUGACAGUAGGCGAGAGAUUCCCUCUUCUCUGUAUCAGAAGGAAAAGCCUGAGGGGAGGAACAUUAUUUGGAGACCUCUUGAGCCAGUCCAGCUCCAAUGGUGUAGUCAGUCUCCAACCUCUGAUUACACUCUGUAUCCAACAUCGAGACUGCCUGGUGGAAGCUGUAGCAGGAGCUCAGGACAAAUUCUGUAUGCACAUCUUCACAUACACGUGUUUGCAUUGAGUCUUAACAC